GCGAGUGGAGAAAAGGAGGAAAUGUGGUGGCGGAGAGGGAGGGAGGACAGCGAGUGCGCAAAUAGGCGGACAGUCUCAUCAUCAUCAUCUUCAUCAUCAUCAGCAGCAGCGGCGGCGGCGGCACAGCAUCUUCCUGCUCUUCACCUCCACGGGCUCCAUCAGCAGCCUUUCCUCGCUGUGUGAUUGAGCUUUCACUCAAGUGUCCUCGGCGACCGUCAGCCUCCCACCGCACACUUUCUCCGGGAGCUGCGUUUAUUCUUAGCUCCGCUCUCCUUCCGGCCCGUCUCUUAUUUAUCCCAGUUUCUUGAAUAUUUCAUGGAAAAUGGCGAACUGCGCUCACUCGUGCGGUCUUCUGUGCCUCUUGUCGCUCACCACUGUACUUGUUAUUGGCGUGUCCACGCCGGCAGCUGGGACCCACCACUUCCCGCAGCAGUACACAAUGAUUCACUGGGCUGGACGCAUUGAGAAGGAGCUGGAAAAGGUUCUGCAGCACGUCACUGGGACUCAGCAAAUGAGAUUGAUCUACAGUGAGAAAAAGAGCCAGUUUGAGAUCAAGAGGAACAAUCCCAGAGACCUGGUGGAGAGGGUCGCCCGCGACAUCUCCAAGCUGCUCAACAGUAAGAGAAAAGCCCUGGAGAAACUGGCCAAAGAAGCAGAGCAGCUUCAGCGCGAGCACGUGUGGCAAGAUGGUGUGACGGAGAAUGCCAUUUCAUACUACGAUUCCAAAGCGGAUUCAGACUAUGCGGAGGAUGGCGAGGAAGAGAACCCCCUGGAGAGUUCAUCCUCUUUGGAACUGGAGUUUGUGGAUGAUCCCAAUUUUAAAAACAAGGUCAACUACUCUUCCAGCGCAGUGCAGAUUCCCACAGACAUUUACAAAGGCUCUCCAGUCAUCCUAAAUGAGCUCAACUGGACUCAGGCGUUGGAGAGGGUUUUCAUCGCGAAUCGGCUGGAGGACAGCUCGCUCCGCUGGCAGGUGUUUGGCAGUGCCACGGGAGUGACUCGCUACUACCCAGCUACUCCAUGGAGAGCUCCCAAUAAGAUUGACCUGUAUGACGUCCGUCGGCGACCAUGGUAUAUCCAGGGCGCAUCGUCUCCUAAGGACAUGGUCAUCAUCGUGGAUGUGAGUGGGAGCGUCAGUGGACUCACGCUGAAGCUGAUGAAGACAUCGGUGGUGGAGAUGUUGGACACGCUCUCAGAUGACGACUAUGUGAAUGUGGCCAGAUUCAACGAGAAGGCAGACGCCGUCGUCCCUUGCUUCAGGACGUUGGUGCAAGCCAAUGUCCGGAACAAGAAGAUUUUCAAGGAGGCUGUCAUGCACAUGCAGGCGAAAGGAACCACGGAUUACAAGUCUGGCUUCACGUUCGCCUUCGAGCAGCUUCUGAAUGAGACCAGCGCCCCGAGGGCCAACUGCAACAAAAUGAUAAUGAUGUUUACAGAUGGCGGGGAGGAUCGUGCACAGGAAAUCUUUGAGAGGUACAACUGGCCCAACAAAACGGUCCGUGUGUUCACCUUCUCCGUUGGACAGCAUAAUUAUGAUGUCACUCCUCUGCAGUGGAUCGCAUGUGCUAACAAAGGUUACUACUUUGAAAUUCCGUCGAUUGGAGCCAUCCGCAUCAACACCCAGGAGUACCUGGACGUUCUGGGCCGACCCAUGGUGCUGGCUGGUCCCAAAGCCAAACAGGUCCAGUGGACCAAUGUUUACCAGGAUGCUCUGGGCUUGGGUCUUGUCAUCACUGGUACGAUGCCGGUUUUCAAUUUAACUGCCGACUCCACAAGCUCUCAGAACCAGCUGAUUUUGGGAGUGAUGGGGGUCGACAUUGCGAUCAACGAGAUUAAAAAGAAGACACCAACAUAUAGACUCGGAGCCAAUGGCUACACCUUUGCUACCGACCCAAAUGGUUACGUGCUGCUGCAUCCUAACCUGCGACCAAAGGUGUGUAUGGAGGAAAGGUCUGCGCAGAUGAUGUGGAUAACAGCCCCCCCUUUCUCCCCCCCGUCUGACCAGAUCAUUAACUUCCGGGAGCCGGUAACACUGGACUUCCUGGACGCGGAGCUGGAGGACAACAACAAGGAAGAGAUCCGUCGGCAGAUGAUUGAUGGCAUUCCUGGGCAGAGGAAAAUCAAGACGCUCAUUAAGUCGGUCGAUGAGAGGUACAUCGACGAGGCUCUCCGGACGUACACAUGGACCACGGUGGAGGGCACCGACUACAGUCUAGGGCUGGUUCUGCCCACAUAUAGCGAGAACCACCUCAAAGCCAACUUGAGUGACCAGAUCCUUCAGGUGCAGUUGCUAUACAACAAGGAUUUUGAAUCACUGCUGCCAAACAGUUUUGAGUCAGAAGGACAUGUCUUCAUUGCUCCCAGAGAAUACUGCAAUGACCUGGAACUGUCCAACAACAACACAGAGUUUCUGCUGAACUUUAUUGCACUGAUGGAGAAAGUGACGCCAGACUCCAAACAAUGUGACAAUUUGCUGCUCCAUAACCUGAUCCUGGACACUGGAAUCAUCCGACAGCUGGUGGACAAAGUAUGGAAAAAUAAGGAUUUGCACACAUAUGGAUUCCUGGCUGUGUUUGCUGCCACAGACGGAGGAAUAACACGAGUGUUUCCAAACAAGGCUGCAGAGACUUGGGAGGAAGACCCCGAGCCGUUUAAUGCCAGCUAUUACCGGCGCAGUCUCGACAACAAAGGCUACAUCUUCCGAGCACCUUAUCGCACAGCCAAGGACGAACUGCUGAACCCGGACAACGACACCAUCGGGAUCCUGGUCAGCACGGCGGUGGAGAUGACUAUCGGAGGGAAGACCAUCAAACCUGCUGUUGUUGGAGUGAAGCUGGACCUGGAGGCCUGGGUGGACAAGUUCAAGAUCCUGGCCAGUAACCACACAGACAACCGGCAGGGCUCCAACACGUGUGGCCAGAACCGCAUCUGUGAAAUGGACUGUGAAGCCAACAGCGACGAUCUGGUCUGCUACUUGAUAGACGAUGGAGGCUUUUUGAUCAUGUCCAACCAGAAGGACGACUGGAACAAGGUGGGCAUGUUCUUCAGCGAUGUGGAUCCUUACCUCAUGUACGCGCUCUACAACAACUCCUUCUACAACCGCAAGCAGUCGUUUGACUACCAGUCGGUGUGUGAGCGGCUGCCCAACAGUGAAGCCGGAGCGGCGCGCAGAGGAGUCUUUGUGCCCACCAUCGCAGACUUUGUUAACCUGGCGUGGUGGACGUCAGCCGCUGCCUGGUCAUUGUUUCAACAGUUUAUAUACGGACUUGCAUAUCACAGCUGGUUUGUCAGAGAUGAGGUGGAUGCCGAGGGAAUCGAUUCCAAAGAGCGCAGCUGUGUAAUGAUCCAGACUCAGUACUACUUCAGUAACCUCAGCAGCUCCUACAACCUGCUGCAAGACUGCGGCAACUGUUCCAGGCUGAUUCACGCCAAGAGGAUAAACAACACCAACUUGCUGUUUGUGGUGGCGGAGAAGAUGCUGUGCAACACCUGCGAGAUAGAGAACUUGUCUCAGGAGGAGGAGGAGUACAAAGAAGAUAAUCCCUGUGAAGAAGUCGCCGUGGCCCGGUAUCGGAAAGGACCGUCGAACUGCUUCGACAAGAACGUCGCGGAGAACACGUCGGAUUGUGGGCGGGGUCACUCCUUCCGCCCGUCCAUCUACACUUUACUGCCGAUCCAGCUCCUUCUGCUGUAUCCAGCCAUCAGUCCUCUUCUUCAGUCUAUACAGCAUUAAUUUGAUGCCGCCACACAGGCCCCUCCCCCUCAGCUGCUCUGCUGUGCCCCUGCCCUCUGUUCUGUUCUGAUAUAGUCAUAAAUAGUAAUGGGACUUCCCAUCGUGGCAAGUUGGAAGCCCGGAGCGCCGCGCUCCUCAGCUCGCUUCAGUUCAUGUCGCUAUGUGACAACUGCUGGAUAUUUGUGUCUUCAGCCAAGUUCAUCAGCGGAAGGAAGGUGGCGCCGGAGCGCCUGCAUCAUCAGACAGCAGCAAACGCCCGCCUUCAGUCUGGAGACCUUACAGGACACAGACCCGCCAAACACACGGCGGAUGGAUUGAACCGUCUGACCAGAGGUGGGACUUCUAGCUUCUCAGCGCGUCGCGUCGCUGGAACAUCCAAGUCAGCUAGCGCCACCAGUCACGGGGGGGAAAAAAAAAAAAAGCACAUAAGAAUUACCCAGUGUCCAGACGUGUCAUGUGAAAACUGCUGAUGUGAUGAGUAUUCCCAACUUAGGUUUUAAUUUUCAAAAAAUGAAAGUCGUUUGACGUUUAAAAAAAAUUAGUUGAUGCACUAUAUCUACUUGCCAAAAUGAGAUAGACUUUCAUGUGGUCUUCUUUUCUAGCCGGUACAAAGAGAGCAGAGACAGAGAGGAACUCAGGCUUCCACAGAUCGGACAAGGUUCCAGUUGAAGGGGGGUUUUGGAGGCCUGCGCUCUCUGGCUCACACACUAGUGACAGCUGUAAUAUUGUAACCCGUGUUCAGUUACGGCCCAUUUGGAAGCAUUGUCGAUGUCAUGUAGUAUUUCCGAUCAACUGACCAUGCUGACCUCCGGCUCGGAACAAAACAUUCUCGUGCUCUCUGAUGUGAAAGCUCUCCUCACCUCAAAUCUCACGCUCUCUACGUGUCAUCGCAAACUUUUCCUUUCCUGUGUUUGUUACCGUCGACCGAUGCUGUUUAGAAACACUGGCUACUGGCCGACAGGAGGGGCUUAUCAGCAUCCAAGAGCGCAGAAGAAGAGGCCGCUAGCUACGGUGAUUCACACGCAGUGCUUGUAGAAGUGGGUUGCCAUUUGAUCAUUUAAAGUGUGAACAGUAACCUAGACUCCCGUGUUUAGGAGCUCUUCAUUAGUGCCUUGAUGCACUUUGUUUUGGAACACACUGGCUGCCGCAGGGAGAAGCAGCAUAGUUUAAAAAACAUAACCACAAUGGGGUCAAUCCAGUCUCAUUUUUCGUUUUCUUCUCUUUAGUUUCCUUGUCACGCGCACUUGCUGGACCUCCAUUCACAACAGCAAAUGAUGUCACCAAACAAGUCUUGGGGUAAACAUAUCCAGAAGCGAGCGUUUCCUAAAGUCCUCUGGCACGCUAUCAUCGCAAACAGCGCCCGACUCGUAAGCUAGUGCUGCGCUAAGCGUGCUAACAAUGCUAGCUAAGUGUAGCCUACGUCAAUGUGGCAUUCAGCUAGCAAGCAAAUUAGAACUUUUCAUUGUUUUGACAACAUCAAGUGUUGGUGGUGUUAGCUUAACAACAAGCAACAUAUUUAAAUAUUACUCUUUGUGAGCGCAACAUGAGGUUAGCUUGCAAACAAGCUCUCCAAAUCAUUUGACAGCAUAUGUAUAUGAAUUCAAGUGUUAAUGAAUGAAUAAGGGACAGGACUGCAGUGACUAAAAUGAGUAUUCAAUGAGUCCACUUGGUUAUUACUAUACUGCUUCUCACACCGCCGUACAGUACAUGGAGCUACAAUAUGCGUAAUAGUCGAUUGCUGGGCCGUAGAUCAUGUCGAGGGCCAGCUGACUUCUGUAGUUCUGCCUAAAUACCCUGUGUGCGUGUGUUUAAAAAAUCCUAAAAGGGAAUGUUUUCUUCAAGAAUAAGGGAUAACUGUGUGUGCAGAAAUAUGCUGUUCUGCUAACAAAAGAGCUGUUUGAGUUCAACCAAAAAGAAAAAAAAGGAUAAAUCUGCUUGCCCAUCAAAGCGAGCAGGUCUGUUUGCUCUGGAUCCGUCUGAAAGAAUGUGUCGUUCAUCAGUGUUAUUAUGUUUCCGAGACACCGCUUGGCUAUCGAAGCCUCUGAAAUGCCUUAGCGUUCCACUCCACGGAGCUCUGAUGUUUUCCCUCCCCUCACUUGCAUUCACACGCUGAAAGUGUUCAGUCGGUGCCGGCUUUGUUUCCGUCCGAGUGAGAGCGUGGAAGCGACGAGAGGCUUCGCUUCUCAGCCACCUCCGACCUUUGUGAAACACUGGCACUGUUUCCACCGCCGCUGCUCAGGUGGGAACCUUCACGCGACCUCAACUUCACACUGUACAGUUGUGAUGAAUUCUAACUCACAGACAGGCUGGCGCAGCAACCGAUGGAAAUGUGUAAAUUCACCUCCUUUUCUGGAGCCUUCCAAGUCUAGUUUUAAGGUCCUGGUUAGGCUUUGUGUCAUUCGUUCAGUCAACAGACAUUUGGGGAUCAAAAUGGAGACGCUAAAAAACACAGUUUUAUACACUCUAAAAUCGGUAACAAGAAAAAAAAAAUCAAGGGCUGAGAUGGACAUGACACACUGGAGUCUCUCCUCCAAUUUAACGUCUGAAUCUGUCCGAGCAGGGAACAAAAGACUGAGCCUCUUAUCUUCUCGCUGAAUAUCAGCCACCUCCCUCUCAAUUCUGGAACUUGUUUUUGAGCCCAUGGUGAUGUAGGAUCUGAUAAUAAAUGGGUGGAUACGUUAACGUCCUUUACUGUCUGCUGGUAGAGGCAAACAGUGCCCAUAUAAUAAGUCAAAUUCACAACUAACAUACUCUAAAGUGCCCCAAAACUACAUCACCAACAAAGCCUGACGAAAGGACGACGAGUGUUCAAGCUUUGCCUGAGAAUCGAUGUCGAAAAAAGGGAAUUUGGUGAAAGACAGGAGCUGAUGAAAGAAGAAAAGUGUCUCCUGUGUUGUGGAGGAAGAUUGUGCAUGUGUUUUGAAGCUAACACACGCUAAAGUUAGCCUUAUAAAGGAACUCUAGGGUCUGAUUUAAAUACUUUUUCCUGUCCAUUGUAAUCUACCGGCUCUAUCAUAAGUGAAUCGGAGGUUGAUCCCCUGUUGAAUCUUGGUUAAACGCAUGACACCUGGCCAACACUAUCGGCUGCCUGUGUCUCUCCAGGCCUGAUAGAAAACACAUAAAUAUGUAAAAGUGCACCAGGACGUGAUACACAAAGCAGCAAGCACACAAACAUGUGAUGACACUUAUUCAUGGCCAGAUGGGAGAGAUGUCCGGCACAAGGCAGACAGUAGCCAAGGUCGUGGUUUGGCGGGAUGUCAGGAAGUGUGACUUCACGGAGCAGCACGAGCCGCCAAACUGAAGGUCAUGGUGAGGUUGUGUGGUGACGUCCGUGCGUGCAUCCCGGAGGAAGAAGGCUCUUCCAAAGGGACGUGUCUUUUUAUGAUUUGAAAAAAUACUUUUGCCAAAAAAUAGGAGUUAAAAAAAAUAAAUGGAGCAGCUCGGGAUGAGAGGGCAGGGGGGGGGAGGCGUUUCAGGACCUGAUACAUAUUACAGGGUCCACUUGAAGCCCCCCUCCCCCACUCCGGGACCUGGCUGCAUCUGUGUCGGUGCGUCUCUGUGGGGAAGAGUGUAUGUGAUUCUGUAGUCUGUAGUCUGGUGCUCUGUGACCAUGUUUGACAAGUGUGUGAAAAAAAAAUAACAGCAACCUUUAGAGAAAACAAAACCGUAAACAUCAGUCCAAUUUUAAGUGAAGUUUAAAAGAUAUAUAUAAAUAUGAAUAUAUAUAGGAAUCCAGCACUGUUGAGGAGUUUCAGAUCUGAAAUGAAAAA